CUCAGUUUUCUGGGCAAGGACACUCUGCUGCCGCUGCUGAGCAGUAGACGACUGUUACUCUUGGAAUAAAGUUUCAGGGUAAUGACUUCGGCUGAAGAACGCACGUUCAUUGCCAUAAAGCCAGAUGGUGUUCAGCGGGGACUUGUAGGAAACAUCAUCAAGCGAUUUGAACAGAAGGGAUUUAAACUUGUCGGUAUGAAGCUUCUCCAUGCACCGGAAGACCUCCUGAAGACUCACUACAGUGAUCUAAGUGAACGACCAUUCUUUCCUGGCCUGGUGAAAUACAUGCAUUCCGGCCCUAUUGUUGCCAUGGUGUGGGAAGGUAUGAAUGUGGUGAAGACUGGGAGAGUCAUGCUUGGUGAAACCAAUCCUGCAGACUCGAGUCCAGGCACCAUCCGAGGUGACUUUUGCAUUCAAGUUGGCAGGAACAUCAUCCAUGGCAGUGAUUCAGUAGAUAGUGCCAACGCAGAGAUAAACCUUUGGUUCACUCCAGAGGAGCUGGUAUCAUAUACGAGUUGUGCAGAGAGCUGGAUCUAUGAUUAACAAAGCAGCCACACCCCAUCAAACUCUUUGUUCCUUCUGUCUUGAAUUGAUGUUGUGUUUGUGAAUAGCAAGCGCAUGUCAAUAAAUACUUGAAUACCA